GUGUUGUAGCGUUCAGGUCAAACGUUUGUCGCGGGAGGAACGUUUGUGUUUGCUCUUGAUUUGCUUUCUUCUGGGCGUGACAUCACUAAAAAGUAGAUGCAAUGGAUUCUGACGAGGAUUUAGCAAGAAAACUGCAAGCUCAGUUUGAUGAAGAGGAAAGAUUAGCAAGGGAGCAAGAACACGAAGAUGCAAUCCUUGCCCAGAACUUAGCAUCGCAGUCACAUGAUAUGUCUGAGAGUGAUGAGGAUGUGGUGGAAGUGAACAGGAAUGAGGAAGUACCAGUGCGUGAAUUGGUAGAUUUAGACAGUGAUGUUGAAGAUGUCGAAAAGGAAGAGGAGUCUUCCUUGCAGAUGAUAGGUUCAACAUCCAAGACUGUUCCUCAGCACACCAUAUCAGACGAUGAAACAGACAUUGAGGAUUUGGAAGCUGAAUCACAUUCUAAUGUUACAGAGAAGCUACAGAAAUCUCAGAGUAAAGAAUCUCCACCAGAGAAAGCACUUGUACCUGAACACACCUUAUCAGAUGAUGAAACAGAUAUAGAAGACUUUGAAGUUGCAACUGAAACUCCAAAGAAGUUAAACAAAGUGGAAAAUGACCAGGUGGAUUCAACAGUUACAGAGAAGCAAACAGAUUCUCUAACAAAGAAGAGAUCGGAGCACAGUAUUUCUGAUGAUGAUGAUGCUGAUACAGAAGAAUUAGUUGCGCAAGGUGAAGUGGCCCAACCGCCCAAGACAGAGAAAGAGAAUGAGAAGAAAUUGUCAUCGUCUGGCAACCAAUCGACUCCCUUGAGGAAAGAUGGUUCUAUAGAAAAGGCAAAUUCUUCAAAGAAAAGGCCUCUAUGCAAAUUUGGUGCUGAUUGUUAUCGCAAGAAUCCAUGGCACUUGGAGGAGUUUUAUCACCCACAUUUAGAGGACAAGGAUGAUACCGGAGCUAAGAGGAAGUCAGAAUCAUCAAACAGCACUUCAGAGCCAGCUGAGAAACGAAGAAGGGAAACAGAUUCAGGGAGCAGCAUGAGGAAGGGUUCAGCUUCUAACAAAAACAUGACCUUCCCAGCACGCCUUGCAGCCAGCAGCCCUUUCAACUUUUUCGUGAACAAGAGUUACAGCGUAAAGGAGACUCAUGAAGACCCACUGAGCCUUGUCUUUCCUGACCUCCUCCAUCCCAAACUGGGUGAAAUCGUUGAAUCUGUACAGCUUAAUUUCAUGGUGGAUUUAGAAUUCCUGAUGACCAAUUAUAAGGCUGGAAAGAUAGAAAGCAAACCUCUACUUGUGAUGUACGGCCAAAUGGAGGGCAACCCGAGGGAUUACCCAGCUGUAACAUGCACAAAGGUAAACCUUCCCUUCCAGUAUGGAACUCAUCACACAAAGAUGAUGAUAUUCGAGUACACAGACAGCUUGCGGGUAGUUGUCCACACAGCCAACUUAGUACCCAGUGACUGGUAUGAGAAAACUCAGGGCUACUGGAUAUCGCCUGCUUUUCCACGGCUUGAGGAUGGAAAGGCAGGGUUGUUGGAUGGAGAAUCACCAACACGAUUCAAACGUGAUUUGGUGGACUAUCUAACAUCAUAUAAAGCCCCGGAUCUCACAAGAUGGUCGCACAUCAUUAGGAAAUAUGAUUUUACCAGCUGCAAUGCAGUGUUCGUGGGCAGCAGCCCAGGUUAUCAUGCGGGAGAGCACAAGGACAAGUGGGGUCACAUGAAAGCACGUAAGGCCAUUCGGCAGCACGGCAGUUCUUGGACCUCUUCUGUGCCCAUUAUUGCUCAGUGUUCAUCUAUAGGGAGUUUGGGGAAAGAUGCGAAGUCCUGGCUUAGUGGAGAACUAGGGAUGAGCCUAACAGGAGCACCUGGUGUCUGUGCAAGCGUGCCGAAGGUUAAUGUGAUCUAUCCGAGCGAAGAUGAUGUGCGCAACAGCAGUGAAGGUUGGAUGGGGGGUUCAUGUCUCCCUUAUAAUUCCGGAACGCACGACAAACAGACCUGGCUUACGGAGUGUAUGCACUGUUGGCGCAGUGACCGGAGAAAAAGAACACGAGUCAUGCCCCACAUCAAGACCUACACCCGCUUGAACAAGAGCCAGUCUGCUGCACAAUUUUUCCUCCUAACCUCGGCCAACAUCUCAAAGGCUGCUUGGGGUACACUCCAGAAGCAGAACACGCAGUUGUUUAUUAGAUCUUACGAAGCUGGAGUCUUACUUCUACCUAAGUUCCUCUCCGACACCUCUGAAUUGCCGUUAAGUGCCAGUGAUCUCUCCCUGCCGUACGACGUUCCACUGACUCCUUACCCGAGCGGUGCGAUCCCCUGGUUCAUGAACACAAACAAGAGCCAGACAGAUAUCUUUGGCCGAACUUAUCCCUGAUACAAGCUCUUCAUUGAUGGAAAAACACAAAAUUGCAAUACCUAUUCCUCUGUCUUUAUCAUUAUUAUUGUUUGAAUGUAUUGAGUUAGUGAAAAUGUGAAGUUAAUGCAAAGAAAAAUCUAAUAAACUUUUUUUUUUUUUUUUUUAUUGUUCACAGUUUUGUAAUUAGUUUUAUCUGAUUACUUUUAUGAUUUAAUUAAAUGUUUUUGCAAGGGAUGCUAUUAUGAAUGGUGUGAUAGCUAUGGAAUGAAAAUGUUUUUGUUAUGAGAGAGUGCUAGUAGUUUUGUAAUACCAUUCAAUUUCAUUAAGAGAGAAGACACAAUAUCUUUUUAUGUAUUUUUAUAACUUCCAUGGAGUUCUGAUAUAUUUAUAAAGUUUUUAACAAUCUUAAAAAAGAAUACGAGUAAAAACUGCAAGCAUGUAGCUUUGUAUGAAGUGUCUUGCUGAUGUUAUUAGGUUAUAUAAUAAGAAGGAGUUGCCGACAUAAGUUCAACAAACAGUAAGUUUACCGCUGUAAUUUAUCGUUCUGUGUUGACUCUUACACCAAAUAGGGGAGAUGUAUAUUUUGAGCUUAAUGGAAAUAUUUGUUUAAGUACACUUCUUUUCAAACACCAGCAUUGUCAUAUGAUACAUUUUUUGUUCCUUUUGAUGUAAAGAUAUCUUCAAAUGUCUUCUAAUCAUGACAAUAAUGGAAUUGAAACUCUUGUGAUCUUAGUGUAUGAUGAUACUGAUUUAACAUGUAAGAGCCAGCACAUGCCAGAUGCCAGGUUUAGUUUGCCUGUUCUACUCUCCACAGAUGUGUCUGCUCCCAUCACCCUUAUUACAGCUGUGUAUAUGCAUCCCCUCUGUGUUGCUAGUUGCAGGAGACCUCUUCGUAUUCCACCAUAUGUGUUUUUCUCCAGUCCUGCCUCUUAGAUAUCAAAGCAGAUGUGCUAUCUACAAAUGUGUCCUGGCCACAGGAUAAGGAUAAUUUGCAGGAAGUCAGGCCUCGAGUGAUUGAGAAAAUGGACAUGGUAUUAAUUUCUUUAUUCCUGACAGCUAUAAGAAUAUGAAAUAGGGUUUUAUGAUAUCCAAAGCAGCUCCUUAAGAUUUCCAUUGUUCAGCUGUGGUUGAGGAAAUGUGUUAGUUGACCAUAACUGAUAUAAAAAGAUGAUUUUUUUUUUUUUCUUCUUCUUCUUUUUUAUCAAAAAUGUAAUUUUAGUCAGAAUCAGGGAAAGGAAAGAGAUCUUUUUAUUCAGGGACAUGCCUUUAUUUUUUCUACCAAUGCAUAUCAGUGCCUCCUGUUAUGCAAAACCACAUUUUCCACCUCAUUCUGAUGUCAUAUGCUCCGAUUUCCUUUUUCUUUUCCUCACAUUUAAGCAUCAUCUGAUUACUAGAAUGUUUGUUGCAUUCCAGAGAUUUGUACUGAAUUACAAGCCUCACUUACUGUAUAUAUUACUAUUUAGGGAAUGAACUGAAAGGCUUAUAUUUUUUGCAGAUGAAAAUGAUGAUAUGCUGUUCUGCAUGUAUGCCAUAUUUAUGGCAAAUUUUGUCAGAUUUUGUUUAAACUUUCCCAGUGGUUAUACCAGUGCUCACUAAUAGUGCUCUUUUAUUCGUUUGUAGCUAGAAAAGUCAUUCAAGUUUUUCUUGUUAUAAGAAUAAUAAUAGCUCUUACACAAGUGUACUAAGCUGCCUUUUUUAUCAAGUAUUUUUAUGGCAUUCAAAAAUACUGAUGAAACUUGAAGCAUAUUUUUGUACUGUGGUUAAAUGAAAAUGUUUUUACGUGUAUAGCUCCAGUUACCUGAAUGUUUGCAGAUUCUUUGAUUAUGUAUGAAGUGUAUGGUAGUAAUAUUUCCAAAAAGGGAAGGACUAUUGUUUAAGCUAUCAGCAGAAUAGCCAGGAUUUCACUUGCCUUAUUUGACUCUGGGACCUGAUUCAAGUCCGGGAUCAUUGCCAUUUUGCCAGCCUUAGACGUGCUAUCAGGAAAACUAUGGGAACCCAGAUCCUGCUAAUUCUUUCACAAGUAAUUAUGAUUUACAGUCAUAGAAGUUAUAAAGUAUUUUUGUGCAGUUAUAACAGCUCUGAAGACACUUUGGAGCCAGCCUUGACGUGCUGUCAAGAGGAAUGUUGUUGGACAGGCUGAGGUGGCUGUGAGACCAGGGCUAUGUUUGGCAAGUAGAACCAGGGCUAAAGAGAGAUGAAUAAAGGUGGAAAUGAUCUCUUUUCCUCAUUACAUUUUGCUGUCACUGAAAGUAAGCAACUUGUCAUAGUUUGCUCAUUAUAAUCAAAGUCAGUCUGUAUUAAGGCUUGGUCCAUACACUAUGGGGUGCCUCUUUUCUGCUCACUUCUGAUCAUGUGGCUAUGGUCAAGAUCACAGAAAUGGAAAGACUGACCAAAUAUUUAUGAAAAAAAAAAAAACAUGGUAAAUGCAGCAGACAGACACUAUUACAACAACAAAAAAGGAAAAUUUGAAAACAAUUACUCAUGCAGCACAUCAGUAUAGUGUUUAGCCAAUAGAGAGGUGUGCAACAGUUAUUAUUAUAAGUGUGCUCUAUUUUAGAUGUGAAAAUUAUUUUUUAACUUACUAUUAGUGCUCUGAUUCAGAAAUAUAUUCUUCUGGACAUGUUUAAGCUAUGCAAAACUAUUAUAUAUUUCUGAAAUCAAGUGAUCAUGAACUUUUUUGUGUAGGGAGACAGUUUCUGUUAAAUCAAAUGUUUAUAAAUUGUAUCUGCUUAUAUUCAUUUUCUCUACACUCAGGGCUUUCUUUCCAGUCAUUUGGCAAUUUCCUUUUUUCAUUGAGCAGCCAAAUUGCAGCCCAUAUUGUUCCUACUCGAAUAUAUUGCUUUUAUUUUGAUGUAAUAAUGUAUCAGUCUCACACUACGUUGUAGUAAAUAAGAGAGGCUCA